AAUGUCCUUACUCUUCAUAUAAGUAAAGCAACUAUCUAUCCCUUCCCCUAAUUGCUAAAGUGGUAGCUAAAACAUGUCUCAAGGAAGAGGCUAUGAAAACUUCUUGAGGGAAAACCAGUACUUAUGGCCUCUCUCGAAUUUGGAUAACUAUGGAAAUAAUGAAGAAAAAUCUAGGAAAAAGUUACCAGAUUCAAGCUUGAAUAGCCAUACUGUGAUAGAGGCGGAUCUAGCACUCCCUGGUAAGAGGCAGAGAACCGAAACUCGAAAAAAUGGGGAAGGAAGUUCUGAAGUGAGUGAUCAUGGAAAAGAUCAUGGGGUAGAAUCAGAUCAUGAUAUGCAUAUAUGGACUGAGAGAGAAAGGAGGAAAAAGAUGAGGGACAUGUUCUCUACUCUUCAUGCUUUGCUUCCACAACUACCUCCUAAGGCUGACAAGUCCACCAUUGUGGAUGAAGCAACAAAAUACAUCAAAACCCUACAACAAACCCUUGAAAAGCUUCAAAAGAAGCAACAAGAAAGGCGUCAAGGAGAAAGAAGCAUUGUCAAUUGCAGAGAGCCAUCUAAGAUAGAAAUCCGUAAAAAAGUUCUAUCUAUUAACUCAAGGGAGUCAUUUAUGGCAGAUCAUGUAUCUUCUGCUAAUUUGUCAAUCACUGAAAAAAACUCUUCAAAUUUGCUUUCGGUCUCUCCAUCUCCAUCUCCAGUCAUGUUUCAAACAUGGACUUCAUCGAAUGUCAUCUUGAACAUUUGUGGUGGUGAUGCACAUAUCAGUGUGUGCUCCCCAAAGAAGCAUGGCCUCUUAACCACCAUAUGUUUUGUGUUGGAGAAGUAUAAUAUAGAGGUGGUGUCAGCUCAUAUUUCCUCUGAUAAUCAUAGAAGCAUGUACAUGAUUCAAGCCCAUGCAAGUGGGGCUUCAGAUAAGUUCUUGGAGAAAUUUAUAGUGGAAGAAAUAUAUAAAAAAGCUGUAGGAGAGAUAAUGUUGUGGAUUUCUUCCUGAUGCUACAAAUUCAUUGCAAAAUGUUUCCUGUGGGUGGCAAUUGCAAAAGCAUGCUCUUCAAAUAUAUGAAGGAUCAAGUAAAGCCUUGCAAGAUAUGCAUCUUCGUCCCCCACUUCUUCUAGGGUAGGAAGGUAAGAAAUCUAUAAUGUUAGCCUCUAUAAUAGUUCAAGGUUUCUUGUUGGUUUCUAUAGUUGCUUGAUGAUUUAGCCAGUUGCUUCUCGCUUUGAUUUGGGUUGCUUUGAUCUACAACAUUUGGACAGCCAAAAUGCUAUGAUGUUUAAUAGUUCUUUUGUUGAAGCAAAUGAAGUACUACUUAGCAUUCGCUUGGAUGUAAAGAGCAGAUGCCAUGGUUUUAAAGGCUUUUGAUCUUCUAUGUUUCUGUUUGUAAUUCUAUUUUUGCCUUCAUUAGAUUUAUUUCUUGUUGUUGCAUUCCUCUUUGCACUUAGUAUAAUUCCUUCUCAGCUUUUUUGAAGAAAAAAAAGUUACUUUUUAAAAAUUUUAAAGUUCCUAAAUAAUGAUUUUUUUUUCAUUUAUUGUCACCUUGUAAUCAACACUGCCAAGUAUCAAAUAUAUUCACUCUUGUCA